AUGGAUGAACACCUGCGCAUUCUUGAGCAAGAAUACUGCCCACCAAUAGACCCCGCCCUUGUCGCUGCAUUUUACAGCGACUUCGCAGAUGCGCCCAACGCUCUAGCGCUGGCUAGGGAGCUGCUCGACCCAAUUAAAGCCUCAGCGACUGCAGAGCAACUCACAGAAUUCGAUGCCUCGGGCAGUAGUGGAGGGCCCGUACGCGACAGCCUCGUCAAGCACAGCUCAGACCUCGAAUCGAACGCAGACACAUGGGCGACGCGCACGACGCUGACCGACGCAACACACCUCUCCAACGAUCUGUCGGCGCUCAGUCUGGAUGGACGGUCAGCGACCGGCUCCGAUGAGUCAUGGGACGGUGGAUACUACAAGGAUACUGAGCAGUUCGACACCAAGACAAAAGAGCAGCUGCUGGCAGACACGUUCCCAAACCUGCGUCCAGAACUCGUAUCAUAUACGCUGAAGAAGUGUGGCGACGAUCUGAGCAAAGCCACGGAUGAGCUGCUGAACCAUGUCUACUUUGAGGACGCGCGGACGAGUCCCACCGAGGAGACAGGACUGGUCGCCAAGGGCAUCGACGCGUUCUUCGAAGGCCACCAUGUGCCUGAGAAGAGUAAGAAGGGCAAAGGGAAGAGAAAGCAGAAGGUUUCGUUAUACAGUAUGAACUCAGCCAACUCUUCUGGGACGGAUCUCUCAGGCGCUGCGACACCCAAUCGCUGGCAGAACAGCAGUCGCGACGUAGGGUUUAUCACCGCAAGAACAAAGCUGCCAGCAAAGGCGGUUUCUUCAUUGUACCACGAGAAGGCCGCGUCUCUGUCUGCCACUAUCCUGGCUUUUGUCAACAAGGACAUGAAGGCACACGAGAAAGAAGAGCCCGACGCUGGCUUCGUGGUGGACGCCAUGACGCUUAACGAAGACUUCCCAUCGAUAGGUCUCGAUCAGGCUCUGGCGCUUGUGCGUCUAGCAGACGGCUCACCGGACAAAGCGCGCGACAUGGCGAAAGCUCUUACCGAGCAGCCAGCAAGCGAAACCGGUGGGAGAGGUGGCAUCCAACUCGACUUGCGUUAUGCGCCCGUCAACCUGAACGAUGAUGAGCCUCAAUCCAGCCGGCUCCCGGCUCUGCCGUCAUCCAUUCGACCACACAGCACGGCAUCAAUCGGGCUGCGACGCAGCGAGGCAUACCAAAAAGCGGCGGAAGCACACCGCAAGGGCAGAUCUGGUAACGGAUACAUGAAGGCAGCUGCCGGCUACUAUUCACAAGAGGCCAGGGAUCUUGGUGCUAAUAUGAAGGUGAUGAGCCAGACUGACGCAGAUGCAUUUGUAGCACAACAAUCUUCGACUACAAUCCUCGAUCUUCACGGUGUCACUGUGGCAGAUGCAACACGAAUUGCCAAACAGAGAACGCGAAUGUGGUGGGACUCGCUCGGUGAACAACGGAUAGCUGAGUAUGGUGGCGCACGGGGAGGGGUUGGCAGCUAUAGGAUUGUUGUCGGGCUAGGCAGGCACAGCGUUGACGGCAGAGGCAGACUUGGGCCCGCAGUCGUAAAGGCACUCGUGAAGGAAGGCUGGAAAGUCGAAGUCGGAUCUGGCGAGCUGCUUGUCACCGGCUUGAACAGGAGGAGAUGA